CUGACCUAAGAAAGAUAUUACGUCUUUACCUUGGACACUAUAUUUCGAGAAUAUUAAUUGUUUUAAUUCUUGACAGGAAAUAUUUUAUAGGAAAAAUUAUUUAAUUAUUAGUCUAAUCUACUGAAUAGAUUAUGGAAUACCGAACUACCCAAGAAAAUUUGAUGGCAGGUGGUUUCGUGAAAUACUUUUACUCGAUGGAGCACCAUACCGUCCUCCCACACAACCAGUUAUCAGUAUUUUACCCAAUGCGGCAUCACAAUCCAGGCCACGACUACCCAGAAGACACGGCAGUCCUAGAUCUAUGUGUCAGAAAACGACCGCUGUCUCCAAACUACCCUUAUGACUACAAACGCUCCCGCAGCUACAGUGAAAUCAGCUGCUUCAGUCCCAAGUCAGACGUGUCAGACGUAUCCAGUACCGAACAUAGAGACUCUCAAGUAUCUUCAACGAAAAUUAAAUGUAGUAGACCUUUUAAAGCUUACCCAAAAGAUCCGAUGUCUAUGCCCAUAUUAUCCACCUCCCCAAAUAUGUUAGGUAAAGAUUCCUCAGAGGCGUACGCCGAAUUUAGAGAAAAAAUCUUAUCCAGAGCCCAAGCGAAUCAUAACGGUACAAAUAAAAAUAUGAGACGCACUCAGACCGCGAAUAUCCAAAAUUCAGAUCCUGCCUAUUGGGAAAAACGGAAAAAGAACAACGAAGCUGCCAAACGAUCUAGAGAUGCCAGAAGAGCGAAAGAAGACGAAAUCGCCAUCAGGUGUGCUUUUCUCGAGCAAGAAAAUAUCCAGUUAAAAUUUAGGUUGGCAGCAUUAGAAAAUGAAAGGGAACGAUUGCAGAGCAUUUUGUACCACUGAAAGUUCUUCCACAAACCGAAACCUCUUCUGGGUAGUUGCUUUUUAUAACUACCCAGUGUACAAACCAAAUAGGAGAGAAUAAGAUUGUGUUUUUGAUGUGAUUUUUUUGAUAGAUUGUUGUUUAUUUUUGUAUUAUAGAAG